CUUCGAACUGUUAACACCUCCUCAAGGUGUUCCAAUAUUCGCUCAAUCCAGGAAUAGAUUCAGUAGCUCAAGAGUGGACGUGAUUGACGAGUUCAAGCCUAUGGAUCCAGGAAAUGCAGUUGUUAAGAGACGCAAACCACAGAAGGAUAAUCAAGAGGUCAAUCAGAAUAAUCAGAGCUCCAGUAACCAAUCGGAUGACAAACACUACUUGAAGUCUGAAAAUUUUGAAUCAAAGCUAUCAUGGGAGGAAUGGACAGAAUUGAAUUGUGGAUUCCACCCUAGAGAGUUGAUGUCUUUAGAUAGACUGACGGCUCUCUUCUAUCGACCAUGUGAUGCCACUUCCUUGAGUGCCGUUAGACUUUUAUUUGGCAUUGUAAUGCUAAUUGAUACUGUGGAAGAAAGGGGAUUUACAGAAGCUGAGAGGCUCUGGGGAGAUCCAAAGGAAUGUCGAUUCCCACUUUUCUAUUUUCUAAGACCUCUUCCUCUGAAAUGGAUGUACUUCCUGUAUACCAUCAUGUCAUUAGGUGCAAUUGGUAUUUCACUUGGCGCUUACUACCGCUUCAGUUGUCUAGCUCUGACAUUGCCGUAUUGGUAUAUUCUUCUGCUGAAUAAAAGUGUGUGGAACAAUCACUCCUAUCUUUAUGGCUUACUCUGUAUUCUUAUGACCUGCUCCAGUGCCAGCAACGUUUGGUCGUUUGAUAGAAUAGUAAGGAGGAAGAAGUAUGAUGAUACAGUUCCAUUGUGGAACUAUUCAAUAUUGAGAUUCCAAUUGUUUGCUCUUUAUUUUUUUGCUGGGUUGAAGAAAAUCAAUAGAGACUGGCUGUCAGGAUAUUCAAUGAUGGACUUAUCAACUCACUGGGUAUUUUCGCCUUUCACAACUAUUUUCCUACUAAAUAAAAGCAAUGAAUCACAAUUGGCAUACAAAAAAAGUAAAAAAAUCUAUAAGGAUGAACUGAAUAAGGCAAAGCUCAAUCAUAAUGCUGGCUACAUUGAAAAAUCUGACAACAAGUCAAAAGCUGCAUGGACCCUUGUUAACAAAGUGAGGAAUGGAGGUUUCAAGUCACAAAGCAUCGAGAUUCCACCAGAGGAGUUCAACAACUACUACCUCUCAUCAGUCCAGGAUGCAAGAGACAGCAUUGAGCGACCUCAGUUGACAGCUAAGGACUUCAUGGAGCAGAAUGACAAGGAUAUGAAGAAAAUUGAAGUCUCCGAUAAAAGAAUGGAAAUUGGUUUAAGAAAAAAAAUUAUUAGUUUGGCAUUAAUUUUCUAUAUGGGUUUACAAUGUUUUAUGCCUUACUCACACUUCGUAACAAAGGGAUACAAUAACUGGACUAAUGGUCUGUAUGGUUAUUCUUGGGAUAUGAUGGUCCAUACUUGGAUAAGACAUAGGAUAGUAGUUAAAGUUGUAGACCGAUCAUUUGGACACGAAUACUUCUUGAAUCCUGAGGCUUGGGUGAAAACCGAUAGAUGGACUACUCACGCUGAUAUGCUCCUCCAAUAUGCUCAGUGUAUAGAGAGUAAUAUUCAAAGUGAACACCCUGACAUGAAGAAUGUGUCAGUGUAUGUUGAUGUGUGGUACUCGUUGAAUGGCAGAUUCCAGCAGAGAAUGUUUGAUCCUCGGGUUGAUUUGUUGAGAGCUCCCUGGUCACCAUUCAAAAAAGUCGAAUUCCUAUUGCCUUUGCUGAGUGAUUUAUCACAUUGGAGGAGGAAAAUUAUGGAUAUAAGAGAGGAAAUUUGGAAAUGGUCGAAUAGAAGUGAUGCUUUGUUCGUUGCAGAUUUUCCAGGUUUGAGUAUGGAGAGCUACAUGAACGGAGAGUUGAGGAACGUGAGCUUGACUGCCCUUGAAGGGAUUAUUGUUCUGGAGAGAAACCUCACUAAUAAAACUAUGAUGCCUGGUGAUAAUGAAGUGAUUCCUACCAAUACCUAUCAUAAGGUGUACACAGUAUCAGAAGUACCAUCAUGCUUUGUGUACUCCUUCAUCAACGAAACUGACUCGAAAGUUGCAUCUAGAGUGCCUUCAGAAAACUCGAAGCCAUUCACUGAAAUCAUGAGCACAGAUGUACGGCGAAGAUUGAGUAAUUUCAGAAAAGCAUUUUGGCUUGUAGCAAAAACCUUAGUUGGAGUUCUAUUCUUCCCUCUUUCCAAUGAAUUGUAGAAUAAAGGCAAAGGUACCAUUGUAUAUUAUAGUAGCUCUAUUCUAGUCAAUAAUUUAAGCUACAAUUACAUUUUAUCAAAGUUACAAUAUUAUUGUAACAAUGUAAAACUGCUCACUUUUCACUUUUUCGUGUCCGAGCAGAGAUUUACAUGUUUCAGUUGAAAACAAUAACCAUUAUUUAGAAAAUAGUUUUUAUUUGCAAAAUUGAAGAGCUUUCCCAAUUAAAUAAUAGACAUUAGAAAUUUACAAUAAAGCACAAAAUGUCAACAUUCAUAAUUUUAUUCUAUUUUCAUCCUCUAUUAUAUUUUGAAAGCCAACUGCUUAAAGAUUCGACAACUUGACAGUAGCUACAAUAGUAUGAGUAACAACAUGAUUAUAGUACAGCUCAAAAGAAUAUUUUCUGAAUAGCAGGCCUCAUCCUUCAAAUAAUUUCAUUUAAAAUUGUAUAUAUUUAUUCUUUUCCAAUCAGGUUUUGUGACUAAUAUAUUUUUGUCAAUUAAAAAUUAGAAAUUUGCUAAAAAAGUAUAUGUUGUUAAUUUCAUUACAGAGUGUCCAGUAUAAGGAAAUUUUUUUAUUGUAUCUAGUUUAAAAUUUUUGUGUCUGGUUGGAUUUUGAAAGAGUAUAUUUUUGAGAUGCUCCUGAUAUGUUUAAAUGAUGUUUUUUGGAAUAUUGUUGUAUUUCUGUAUAUGCAUAUUCCUGUAAUUGAUCAUGUAUUGCAUUACAGUUUUUAGUGUUUAAUUACAAUGACGAAUUAUUUUAUUCCAUUCUAAGAAUAUCUAAGUCUAAAGCUUAUUUUAUGAUAGUAAAGCUAAAGAGUCAUCUCAAUAUUUUAAAUUAUCAAAAGUGUAACUAUAAUUUAGUAGUGUUUUCUUCUUUUCUACU